AUGUCAAGCUCACAAACGAGUCUGGGCGCGGCCGUCGAUGACCGCAAGGCUCGCCUCGCGAAGCUCAAGAACCUCAAGAGAAAACAACCCGCCGACGAAAUCGUUCCGCCAGAGUCCGAACGCGAAGGCUCCCAGCCGGCAAUAGAGUCCGAAGUUGCGAGGAUACACCUGUCAGGUCGCAACUACGACCCUGAAGUGCGCGGACCUAAGCUCGGUUUCGAGGCGCCGCCCAUACAAGACCUGGAGAAGCCUACGUUGGAGGAGCAGGCAGCAGACAUUGAGGCCGAUAUCAAGCAAAAAGCGGCCGAAGAAGCGCAGGACGAUAAGGGAAUUGACUUGUUCAAACUCCAACCGAAGAAACCAAACUGGGAUUUGAAGAGGGAUUUGGAGAAAAAGCUGGAGGUUCUCAACGUCAGAACCGACAACGCCAUUGCUAGAAUGGUGAGAGAUCGCAUCACAAGUGCGCAGAAGGCGGCAACGAAGUCGAAUCAGGUUGAGGCUGGAAAUACAGAUGGCGAUGCUGCAGGAGUGGAUGGAAUCGCGUUAGUAGAGGGAGUGCGUGUCCGGGAGAGGGAAGAAGAAGAGGACGAGAGGCGAGACAAGGAGGCAGACGAAGACUUAGUUGUCUAA